AUGGAUCCAAUUUACACCAACAAAAAAUACUUCCAGAGUCUAAAUCACGGAAACGACUAUUACCGAAGCGGCGGCACUCUUCGACAUCACUUGCAAGGCAACAACGACUAUUCAUCAUAUCACAAUACGUUGAUGGGACACCGUACCGGUACAUUAUUGCCCCAUGCAUCACCGUCAUCCGUUUAUAAUAAAUAUUCAUAUGCGACAGAUUUGAGUUUAAGUAGCAACAGUCAUUACGGUUAUACGUCGUGGGGAUUAUGGCGAGGAGGCGCUGGCGGUCCUGGCACUGACAGUCGAAAUAUAUCGCCGAGCAUUUAUUCACACCAUAAUGGCAGCAAAAAACGUCGGAGGAAUAUUAAAUCGUUCUCCAUACUGCUGAUGUCAGCCGCAAUGAUUGUGGUACUCGCAGUAUUAGCAGUUGCUGGACUUGCUUUCUAUUUCAGUACAUUUAAAUCCGAUCCAACUGACUCAAUUUUGAUAUUUGAUAGUACGAUGUCUGUGACAAAAGGAGACGUUUUCACAGCGUCACUCAAAAAUCCGCAGUCCUUGGCAUACCAACAGAAAAGCACGUUUUACGAGCGAUUCUUGCGCAAUGCAUUGGAGCACGCAGGACUUACCGUUGCCAAAAUUAAUAUCUCCAGUUUCGGUGACGGGCCAUUUAUAAACUUGACGUUCCGCGUAUUCUUGGACAUGCGAAAGAUACAAGUGACCAUUAAUAAUGUCGAGGAACACAUGAAACAUGCAUUUUUGAAUGAAAUUGCGCUGCCCGUGGCAGAAUACAAGGAAUUGUUUGUCAAUCCCGACAGUAUUCACAUUAAGCGUCUCUUGGAUCAAGAUGUGUUGAAAUCUGCUUCGUUCAUGCAUCCACCUUCGGAGAACUUGAAUACGAACGAACAUCCGAAAAUCUUGGAACAAGGAAAAGCUUCGCCAAGUUUGAAGAAACCUGGCAUCAUUGAACGUCCUUUGCAAAAAAUUUCAUCAUCUUCGACAAAAGUCGUUUCUCGCCCAAAUACGAAACCGAUAACAACAACUGACAAAUCUCAUAUUCAUGAACCUGAUAUUGAUGUCGAUAGUUUGACAGUCAUUCAAGGAUCUUUCGAAGUAACAAAAACCGAAGCUGAUAUCACGAGAAAUCGUGAGAGUUUGAAAACAACUUCAACUUUGAAGCCAUUCAUGAUUAGUCCUGCUUCAAUUAAAGUUAGUGACAAAAAAGGACCUGCAAAGACGAAUAAUACUGCAACAACAGGCAAGAUUGAGAAAACAAAUCGUGUGACAAGUACAGCUACGAGCCCUACUUCGAAACGAACUUCUGUCAAAGCAACUACUCCAAAGUUAUCACAACCCAUCAUGACAUCAACGAUGAAAUCAACAACUUCUAAUAUUGGUUCAACGGAGAAGAUGAUCGAUACUACAGUUGAUCAAACGAAGAAAAUCCAAAAUAAAAACUCAGAAAUCAAUCCUGUGAAACCUGGAUCGAUUGGCAUUCAAACCCUUAAGGAACUUUUGAAGACUGAGAUUGUUUCAGAAAGUCUUGAAAAAAAUUCAACAUCUCAUGAAGUUCCAAAACUCGAUUUGAAUCUUUUUACAACUGCUCCUGUUGUUGACGAAGAUCCAUGGCAUCCAAUCGAUCCAAAUGCAUCAAAGUUUGAACCAAUUACCGUACAGACAUCAGAGUUGAAUGAAACUGAAGUCGAAGUUGAACAACAUUCCGUCAAAAAGGCAUCUCCUCCACAAAUGUCGAUCAAAGAUGAACUUCUGAUGUAUCGCAAAAAACUUCCAACCUUAGAUUCCAUUGAACAAAGUUACGUUGAUAGUUCAGGCGGUUUGAUUUACUACAAAGCUUUCAACAAUCCAGGAUUCUCAAACCCUAAUGAAGACAUUGAACAUUUAGGUGCCAUGGAUGUUCGACCCUAUCCGCUUCCCGUAAACAAAUUAACUGAUGAUCCGACACAAUUUGCAUACGAUUUAACUGAUGUCGUAACUCCUAACACGAAAAACGUUACAAUUAAUCAAGAUAAAUUUGAGCAUUUAGGCGGCGGAGUGAUUGUCAAGAGACCAGAAUCGACUCCUGAAAGUACAACAACAACAACUGUAAUGAUAACAAAGUCAACGACAGAAAUGCCGAAAGUAAGUAGCACAACUGAAGAUCCUGAAGAUGAUGAUGAUUUAUUAGAUGAUCAAAAAGAAGCCAUUAACUCGACAUAUUUUGGCGAAAAUAAACUUGAAUCACGAGCAGGCGAUUCAGAUAUUGAAGCAAUUGGUUCGGGAGAAAAAUUGUCAAUUGUUAAUUUGAAAGAUUAUAUCAUGCAAAAUAAGUUUAAGCCAACUGAAAAGGUAAAAACUGAAACUUCGACGAAAGCUUCAACAACUGAAGCUCCAACAAGUACAGCAGAUACAUCUUCAGUUUGGGAAGAAGCUCCUCAACUUUUCCCUAUUGGAAGUAAAUGGGAGUUUGUAAAUGGAACACGAGUAACGCCUUUUGAGAAUAUUGGUAUGAGAAAAGUUUACAAUGAAACUUUACAAGCUCUUGUAGUUGAAAACUCUCAAUUUUCCGGAGAUGAAGGAGAUUUUGAGGAAAUUAAAGCUCAAAAACCAAAUGUAACGGAAAAUUUACCUGGAAUUUCGUCGCUGUUUGAUACAAUUGCUUCGAAAAUUGGAAUUCAACAAGAAUCUUCGAGCAAAGCUCCUCCUUUUUCAACACAUAAUAAGGUAAAGGUAACACAAUCGAUGACAACUUCAACUACAAGUACAACUACGACAUCGACAACAACUCCUGUUCCGACAACAACUACCCGAAAGUCAACGGUUAAAGUAACAACUACAACCAAAAGACCUGUAACAAGCACAAAACGCCCAACGACAGCACCGAGAAUCAUUUACAAACAAACAACUGGCUCGCCGAAAACUACUACGACAAAGAAACCUCCAGUUUCAACGACUCGUCCUUCAACUACGACAACUGUCAAAACAACCACAGAACACGAGAUUCCUGUCAUCGUUUAUCGCACUUCUGAUGUUUCUCCAAUUCUCUUAGACACAUCCUCCGAAUCCAUGUUCAUGGGCGAAGCAGAAGUCGAAGUAGUUGACCCCAAUGUUUACGAAGAAAUUCUGAAACAAAGUCAAACUGCUCCUCCAGCAACAACUCCUGUGCCUUCGACAACAACGCCACGCAAUACGCCUCUCGUUACGCUCCUGCCUGUCAAAUCAAACUCGGGCAUCCGAAAUUUCAGUCGAGAAAAGCUAAAACACAGCCCAGGCAUGCUUCAAAGCGCCUCAAGUCAGGAACGUGCAACGAACAAAAGUUUCAACAGCAGAGGACCCAUUUUCACUGACGUGAGAGAGUCAAUUGUACAGACAUCAAUGAAUGUCGAGGUGUAA